AUGUCUCCAGCAACGGCGACAACAGAAGAAAAGCAAACACCUCACGACCUCACCGGCGUCAGUAACCCGUCUAGUAUUACGGGCAAACUCAGCACCUGGAUCCACGACACGACAAUCAGCUCCAUCCCCGACGACGUGGUAAGGCGGGCAAAGUACCUCAUCCUCGAUGGCAUUGCGUGCGGUCUGGUCGCUGCCCACUUACCAUGGUCCGAGGUUGCGGCGCGAGCAAUCUUUGACAUGGAACCAGAGGGUCAAUGCACGAUCAUCGGGUGGGGCGGGAGCAAGAAGCUGUCCCCGCUCGCAGCGAGUAUAUUGAACAGCACCUUCAUCCAAGGCUUUGAGCUCGACGACUACCACUCCACCGCACCUCUGCAUUCGUGCUCCAUUCUUCUCCCUGCUCUUUUCGCCGCCGCCGAGGCAGAGACCUCGCGCGUAUUCUCUGGUCAAGACUACCUCAAAGCUUUCAUCGUUGGCUGUGAAGUUGGUCCCCGUGUCGGGCUGGCCCUCCAUGGCGCAGAUCUCCUCUCGCGUGGCUGGCAUUCCGGAGCCGUCCAAGGGCCCUCAGCCUCUGCCGCUGCAGUAGCCUCGCUGUUGGACUUGUCGCCAGGUUACAUUGAGUCCGCACUGGGGAUAGCCUGUACACAAGCCGGUGGAUUAAUGUCGGCGCAAUUCGGUUCCAUGGCAAAACGUAUGCAACACGGCUUCGCGUCGCGCAACGGUCUCUUCGCAGCCUUGCUCGCGAAAGAAGGGUAUACGGGAAUCCAGGAAGUCUACGAGACACCCUACGGCGGAUUUCUCUCCAUGUUUUCCGAGGGAGUGACCAACUUUAGCCCAAAGUCCCUACCUGACGAGCUCAUUAGUGGGCUUGGGGAGAAGUGGGAACUACACGGUAUACGAGUCAAGCUGCACGCCGCCAUGGCCGCCCUACACGGGACGAUCGACUGUAUCGAGAAGCUACAGCGAGAACACGCGCAGCUCUUCGCGGCCGAGAAUCUAAGGAACAUUGAGGCGAUUACGACUCAGCAUUCUAAGCCGGCAUUCGAGCACGGCGGCUGGACCGCGCCGGCGAAUAAACCGCUCUCCUCGACCGCGGCCCAAAUGUCGAUCCAAUACGCGGCGGCCGCGCAGUUGGUCGACCACGAAGUCCUCAUGGCGCAGUUCGGCGCGGACAGGCUGAACCGCACGCUCCUACGCGAGCUGAUGGCCAAAAUAACCCCGACGCACAACCCAGAGCUCGACAGCGACCGGCGCAAGGGGUGGCGGACGGUCGUCGCGGUGCGGUUUGUCGGCGGAGAAACGGUCGUGGCCCAGGUCGAGGGUCCCAAGGGCAUUAUUCCCCCCGCGACCGACGAGGACAUUGUGAAUAAGUGGCGGAUGCUCGUGCGGACGUGCUUGACGAGGAGAGGCGGGAUCAGAUCGAGAAGUGUGUGUUGA